AUGGAUGACUACUACAACAACAAUAAUCACCAUGGAGGAGGAGACAACAACCGUUUCAUUGAUGAUCCAUUCUACUAUGGAGGCCCUAAUGGUAGCAUUGCUACCUUCCUUAUGAUUCAUAAUGUCAAACUUGCUUGGGUUGCUUUCUUUGCAUUAUGGGUUUACUGGGGCUUGAUUUGGUUCCUGCGUCAUGCAUUUGGUGAUGGUCAUCAAGGCUCAGACUACGCCGGUGGUGCUACACGUGAUGCUCAAGGAGAACAGCAAGAGACUACUACAACUCGACAAGAAGGUGAUGCUGAAGCUACAGCUGCUACUGCUGGAGCCGCAGGCGCUGGUGUUCGAAGUUGGUUGGGUCGACGUAGAGUUAAACGUGCUCAUAGUCGUCUUGGGCGUGCAAGUGAUGUACUUCGUGAUUUAGUGUUGAUGCUUCUCUCAGUGCUCGUGUUGAAUACAUUGGGUAGAGGAUCCACACGUUCAGUCAUGAUCCUUGCCUGGGUUUUCUUUGCCUUUGCUGUCUUUUGGUCUAUUUUCGAGGCUGCAUAUGAAUCUCGAAUUGCUCGGUUCAUUUAUGGAGCUAUCUUUUAUGGUAUUGCUUUAGCCAUUGCUGCAUUAGCUUUCAAGCAUGGCUUCCAUGAAUUUCACUAA